CCCGGAAGUGUUGCCAUGGCGGCGGGCGCCCUCCGAGAGCUCGUGGCCGCGCUGGAGACGCACCGGGGCCGCGACCGGGCGGACGAGGACGCGCUGCUGCGGGGGCUCUCGGUGCUCUGCAACGUGGCCAACCAGCUCUACUACCCCUGCGAGCACCUGGCGUGGGCCGCGGAUAUCGGCAUCGUCCGCGCCGGCUCCCAGAAGUGGUGGACGCGGAGCACGGCGCUGUGGGGCUGUGCCCUGCUCCUGGGCAUCCUCCGAUCCCUGAGAAUCUUGUUCCAGUUAAGAAGAAAACUGAGCCAGCAGAAGUGCAGCACUUCUUCACCUCAGAGCCAGCAGAAGCUGAGAGCCCAGGUGAAGGCUGAAGUUUUAAGCAUCCUCAUGAACACAGCAGAUCUCUCCAACGCAAUCCACUGGCUGCCUCCAGGAUUCCUCUGGGCAGGAAGGUUCCCUCCAUGGUUGGUAGGACUCCUUGGGACCAUCUCCUCCCUGAUUGGAAUCUACCAGGCAUCAAGAGGAGCAAAUUCUGAAGCUGCUUAAGCCAUAACUGAGCUUCACAAGCCCAGUUUUCACACGGUAAAAGUGCCUUUAGUGAGGCAGGGUGUAUUUUAAGAUAUCCCAUAAUUGGGACUGGAAUCCAGAUGCCUGUUGCAGAAGGGAUUGUUUGCAGUUGACAAUUUUUAUCACUCUUCAUCAGAGAAAUAAUUCUGAAAAUCAAGAAUCUCCUACAAUGGGUAAAUCUGAGGGGAAGACAGCUGCUUCCAUCUGUCCCAAAAGAUAAAUGCAACCUCCCAGAUUUUCUGCUACUUAAAAGAGCACAAUGGCCACGGUUCUGUCACAGAGAACUGGUCAGGGAUGAAUCCUGAGAGUUCACACUCUGGGCUCGGUGCUUGGUGCUGCAUCUGAGCCAGGGAUGGGAUCCCUGUUCUGGGGUUCUCCAGGUAUUUUGGGCUUUGGGCUCAGAGCCCAGAGCUCAGACAGAGCAGGGGUGUUGUUUGUGACAGUUGUGUUUCUGUAGAGGCGAGGGGGACAGGAAAUCGCCACUGGAAGCAGCGUGAACCUUCCUAGCCCGCCUUGCCCGUUUAAGGAGAAAUGUUGGAAGUUGAGACUUCCCACAGAGCUGAGGCUCCAGCUGUGCCUUUGUGGAAUGCCACCGGGUGGAGCUCUUCCACCAGGCUGUGGCAGCUGCUGUGGACUUUUUUUUUUAAUUAAAAAAAAAAAAUAGCAGGAAAUUUAUUAAUCACGUUUCAAAGGAGCAAUCAAACCAAUGCCGAGAUGGGGUUUGCAGUUACAGUUCUGGGCGUUGUCAAUAAUAAACGACACAAAUGCUUCA